GCAAAGGGAAAAUGUUGCACCAACUCCACCUAUAAAAAGCUUAACUAAUUUCACCUACUCUUACAAUAGGCAUGGACCAUCAAACAUCCAUUACUCCUCCCGUUCUCAUCUUCCCUCUCCCUUUACAAAGCACAAUAAACUCCAAUCUACAAUUAGCUGAGCUCUUAUGCCUUGCUGGCCUUAGAGUCACUUUUCUCAACACAAAUCACAAUCAACAACGUCUCGUUGGUAACUCCAAUGUCGAAUCUCGUUUCAAACAAUAUCCUGGAUUCCGAUUCCUUACAUUAUCCGAUGGCCUCCCCGAUGACCACCCGCGUUCGGUCGAACAAUUCGGAGACAUUCUCAGCUCCUUGCAGACCAUGGCUGAGCCUUUACUCAAACAAAUGCUUAGCGCCCUUGUUAAGGAGCCAGUCACAUGUGUGAUAUUAGAUGGCCUGUUUUAUUAUGGUGUGGAUAUUGGAAAUGAGAUGGGAGUUCCAGUUAUUACAUUUGACACUAUUAGUCCUUCCUGCUUUUGGAUUUAUCUUUCUCUGCCCAAACUAAUUGAGGCUGGAGUUCUUCCCUUCAAAGGAAACGACUUGGAUGCAUUGGUAACACAUUUACCAGCCAUGGAAGGUCUUCUUAGACGACGAGAUCUUCCACACUUUUGUCUUUUAGAUUAUAAGACCGAUCAAAAUUCUCAAGCCGUUUUUAAGGAGAUUGAGCGACUCCCAAAAGCCCAUGGGCUCAUAUUAAACUCGUUUGAAGAUUUAGAUGGGCCUUUUCUUUCUAGUGUCCGUUCUUACUUUCCUAAAACAUAUGCAAUUGGACCAUUGCCCUUGAACUUGAAGAGUAGACUUGCUGCUAAAGCUACUCCACUAUUGUCAUCCUCAAAUAGCUUGUGGGAAGAAGACCAUACUUCUAUAAAAUGGCUCAACGCGCAAUCCAAUGGAUCCGUAAUUUAUGUAAGUUUCGGAAGCCUUCUUGUUGUUUCAAGAGAUGAGAUGAUGGAAUUUUGGCAUGGACUAAUGAAUAGUAAAGUUAAAUUUUUGUGGGUCAUGAGGCCUAACAUGUUGAAGGGAGAUGUAUCACGUGAUCAAUUUAUGAAGGAACUUGUUGAGGGUUCCAAAGGAAUUGGUUACAUAGUGAGUUGGGCUCCACAAAAGAUGGUACUAGCCCACCCAUCCGUUGGUGGGUUUUUAACCCAUAGUGGAUGGAACUCGACACUGGAAAGCAUUAUUGAAGGAAAGCCCAUGAUAUGUUGGCCUCAAUAUGUGGAUCAAAGAGUUACAAGUAGACUAGUAAAUGAAUUUUGGAAGAUUGGGUUAGACAUGAAAGACAUUUGUGAUAGAUUCGUCGUAGAGAAAAUGGUAAAAGAUCUUAUGGAAACAAAAAAGGAUGAGUACAAGAAAUCGGUUGAGAAAUUAUCAAAACUGGCAAAACUAAGUGUUCAAGAAGGAGGUUUAUCGUAUAGUAACCUCGACUGUCUCAUCAAUGAUAUCAAAGGGUUAACUAGAACUGUAGAGAAUGGGAAAAUGCAUAACAACGUCACAAGCUACUAGAGAAAAGAAAUGUAUUUGUGUUGUUUUUGUUUUCUUCUUCAACUUUUGCUACUUCGUUUCCUUCACAUUUUAUUAAUGAAAAAUUGGUUUGUAACCUUCUCUCAAA